AGUUUUACUGCUGGAGGUUUGCACAGAAAAUUAAUUGGCUUUAAACUGCUAAAUCUGAUCAGCAAAGCUCAGCUGGGAACUGCAUUUUCUUUUAAGCUUCUCCCCUCCUCGUUUAAGCUCCAGCCUAUAAAUUAACAAGAAGGUCUAAGAUGACAGAUCAGUGUCAGAAUAUAAAUGGAUUUUUAAUUAAAAUCUGGAAGCAUCUUAGACUUAGAAGAAGUUCUGACCCUCUUGGAGUCAAGGGGAUCUUGACACUGAGCUUUGCAUUUCUGAGCUUGCUGUGAAUUUCUUCACAGGCUGGAAAGUGUAAGUGAUGAAAAACUCAGUUCCUCUCAUUGCUCUUAUCUAAAAGAUAAAAGUGGGAAAUAACAGAUAAUGCAGAGAGUUUAGAUAAUCAGAGAUGAGAUCCUGACAAAAGGCUGAUUUUGUCUGUUUAGUUAAAAUGAAAGUGCCUUUUAGCAUAAAUGUGGCUCAGAUAGAAAAAGACCAAAUCUAGUAGGGAGUAGAGGUGUUUUAGGCUCAGGACAUUCUGUCCAGAACUAAUCAAAAUUCAAUUUUGCUCAUGGUAGAAUGUUUGACCUUUGAAUUGUCUUUGAAGGGGGCACUGGAAAAGAACAGAGUUGGCAUUUUGCAUCACCAGGGAAACAGACAGAAAAAAAAAAGAAGGCAAAGAUCCAUAACUCAGUCAGCCUAAAUCCCAUCCUGGAGAGAGUCUGGAGGAAAUUUCUUAACUAUGAUUUGGAUAAAAAUAAAUUUAAAAAAAAAAUCCUUUAUGAGAAUAACUGGCUUAAUAUGGAAAAAUUACCAGUGGGUGCAGCUUGGUGUAAGAUCAUUGACACCAUCGUGUGUGAUGAUAUAGAAAAUAAAAGCAAACAAAUGAGUUAAAAAGUCAAUGAUUACUCUUUUUUUCCUCAUAGAUCAGCUUAUGUGGCGUUGUAUAGUGAUCUGCUUCCAGCUUUGCUUAUUCCACAUUAUCCCAAAUGAUUUAGAAAACAGACUUUAGAGGAUAUUUUUAAAGAGCAGCAAACUAGAAGUUACAAAUGCAUCAAUAACAUACAUUAAAAAUUCAUUGUAAUCUCAAGAAGAUGAAGGGCUGAGUGGAAAUCACUCAAGAUUCCCAGAAAUAAUAAAGAUCUGAGAAAGGAUGAUAUGUGGGAGAAGGUUGGGUUGUUGAGAGAAAGCCCAAUUCAGGGCAGGGCAUAAUGAGAGAGGAGUUCUAGAAAUGCAGGAAGGACAGGAAGAAAUCAGCUUAGUCCGCAGCAGGUUUGAGAUGAGAAUUAAUCUGUCUGUGGAACGGGGUCCCGGGAGCGCUGUACUGCUGCCCUGCUCCCUCUGCAGGCACGGCACAGCUUGUGAGAGCUGUCUAGUGACACGGGAGAAAUGUCCCAUCCCAAAUCCAGAGCGCUGGCAGCUCUGCGCUGGCACCCCGAAGGGAGGGCUCUGCCCUAGGUCCGGCUCAGCAGAGCGCGGCUUACCCUGCUGCCUGUGGCACCAGUAUUCCCGAAACCCUGAGGUUCAUUCGGGUGCGAAACUGGCCCUCCAGCUUUUGAAACAAAACUGGUUUGCAUCCCACGUAUGGAGAGCGCUGCACGGAGCCUGUCCCGGGCAGGGCAGCGCCCCGGCGGUCCCGCUCACCUGUGCCAGGUGCGCGGAGGGUUUGGCAGCCCGGACCCCGAGCGGGCACGGCGGGCACGGCGCUCUCAGCUCACCUGUGCCAGGUGCGCGGAGGGUUUGCCCGGAUGCCGGGCGGGCACGGCGCUGCUGCGGGCUCGGCUCUUAUUGUGAAAGGAUGACGAGAACAGCGCUCACCUCUCCCGUCCAUCGCUGCCUCCUGCCCUGGCACCGCUACCUCCGCCCGGCCGCUCCCAGCCCGUGCCUUCUGCCCGCCCGAAUAUGUUCGCCAAAAUCCUUUUGUCCGCCGCCAGCCUCCUGCUCGCUCCCCUGCUGCAUUUCCUCUGCUCUUUGAUGCAAUUCGUUCCAGGUUUCAGGAAUUACCUGCCCAGCCCAUCCAAGGAGCAAAUCCAGGCAGGUGUGUUCCACAGAGCCAGGGGGCUGCAGUGCAUCUCCCCCUUAGUGCAGAGCGUGGAGGAGACCCCCGAGCCCAUCCCAGCCAAGAUCAAAGGACACAUUCCCAAGUGGAUUAAUGGAAAUCUGCUGAGGAACGGCCCUGGCAGGUUCGAGUUUGGCAAUGACAAGUUCAACCACUGGUUUGAUGGCAUGGCCCUGCUGCACCAGUUCCAGCUGGCCCAGGGCUGUGUCAGCUACAGGAGCAGGUUCCUGCAGAGCAGCUCCUACCUGAGCAACAGGCAGCACAGCCGCAUCGUGGCCUCUGAGUUUGGCACCUUGGCCAUGCCAGACCCCUGCAGGAGCCUCUUCGGGCGCUUCCUGUCCCGCUUCGAGCCCCUGAAGCCCAGUGACAACUCCAAUGUGAACUAUGUGCUGUACAAAGGGGAUUAUUAUGUCAGCAAUGAGACUGUCUUCAUGCACAAGGUGGACCCAGAGACGCUGGAAACGAAGGAAAAGGUGGACUGGAGCAAGUUCAUUGCAGUGAAUGGGGCCACAGCUCAUCCCCACUACGAGGCUGACGGGACAACCUACAACAUGGGCAAUUCCUACGGGAAGCACGGAUCCAGCUACAACAUCAUCAGGGUGCCCCCACAGGAGCCAGGCCAGGGGGACACGCUGGAAGGAGCCAAAGUUCUCUGCUCCAUCCCUCCCAUGGACAGGGCAAAGCCAUCCUACUACCACAGCUUUGGAAUGACUGAAAACUACAUCGUUUUCAUCGAGCAGCCCCUCAGGAUGAACCUGCUGAAGAUCCUCAGCUCCAAGCUCCGUGGAAAAGCCAUUUUCGAUGGGAUCAGCUGGGAGCCCCAGCACAACACCUACUUCCACGUGGUGAACAAGCACACUGGGCAGGUGCUGCCAGGGCUGUGGUGCUCCAAGCCCUUCGUGACCUUCCACCAAAUCAACGCCUUCGAGGAGGGGGGCUGCGUGGUGCUGGACCUGUGCUGCCAGGACGAGGGCACCAGCCUGGCUCUGUACACCCUGCAGAACAUGAGGAGGAGUGGGGAAGGGCUGGACCAGGUUUAUGCCUCCAUCCCCAGAGCCUUCCCUCGCCGCUUCGUUCUCCCUCUGCACGUGGAUUCAGACACACCCGUGGGGAAGAACCUGAACCCGCUGCCUCACAGCCAGGCAGAGGCUGUGAAAGGUGCAGAUGGCAAGGUCUGGUGCACACAUGAAAAUCUCCACCCUGAGGGCUUUGAGGAAGUUGGGGGCCUGGAGUUCCCCCAGAUCAAUUACAGGGGGUACAAUGGCAGGAGGUACCGCUACUUCUACGGCUGCGGCUUCGGGCACCUGGUGGGAAAUUCCUUGAUCAAGGUUGAUGUGGAGACCAAGAAUUUCAAGAUCUGGCAGGAGGAGGGCUCCUUCCCAUCAGAGCCUGUGUUUGUGCCAGUGCCUGAUGCCACGGCAGAGGACAGCGGAGUCAUCCUGUCUGUGGUGGUCUCCCCCACUGAGAACCAAAGUGCUUUCCUGCUCGUGCUGGAUGCAGAGACCUUCCUGGAGCUGGGGCGGGCAGAAGUCGGGGUGCCAAUGCCUUACGGGUUCCACGGCAUCUUCACUGCCCACUGAGGAGCUCCUGGGCACUCCUGGGACUCAGGGCCGAGCCAGCCUCAGGUGGAAGCUGCUGCUUCCACCUCCCACCUUUCCCCCACACCUGGGAUGAGGGAACUGCUUCUUCUCCACCAUAACCUCCUGCAUUCCUAACAAAACACAGCCAAGGAAGGCAGAAGCCCCUUUGCUCCCACAGCCACUGCUUUAUGGACAUUUUUGUCACUAUCUUGCUAGACCAGCUAUAGCAGCAGCUCACAAAGGAUGCCAGGUUGAGGCUUGCAAGGGAGAAGAUGGAAACUGAGGUGACCAACCCCUUCCUUUGGCAGCAAUGUGCUCUGAGGGGAACAGACCAUCCACGCUCGGGGCUGUGGCUUUGCCUGAAAUAUGUAAAGCAGAAGAGAGGAGGAAGAGCCAACAGGUGACAGUGAAGGGGAGGAAAUCCCUUCAUUGCAUCCAGGUUGCCUUCAGGGGACUCCAGAGGGUAGAUGCAGGCACUCACAGAAGCUGUGCUUGUGCUUUUUGCUGUACAUAGCAGUGCCCUCCAAUAAAACCUUGGGAAGUUUC